GGACGGUAUCACAAUAUUCAAUCACUGGAGAUGAGUAGGAAUACCCUGUUAGGACCUCGCGUGUUCACCAGAAAUGCUGGUUUCUUCGGAAACCUUGGGCAGAGUAUGGCUAAGAUUGUGCCGAAACCACACAAAUACUUCAAAGUUUCCAAGCCAUUUGGAUUUUCCAGACCGCCUGUUAGACUCCGGGACACCGAGACAAAAGCUUUCUUUACUUUAGAGAAUCUCAAUCUUCCAAAAAGACUGUGGAACUUCUAUUUUGAUGGUAUCACAAGGAGAACAAGGGUUGAAGCAAUUCAAAAAGACUUGGCUUACGGUGGUAUGUAUGACUUCCAUGUUUAUACGAAGACAAAGGGUAGGUUGUUUGAAGCUCCUGUGUCCUUCUUUCGUAAAGAUAGAGCCUUAUUCUUUCCUAACUUUCGAGUCAAGUCUCUUACUGGCAAGAGGAUGGACUUGAUGGAUGCUCUAGAUCAGGCGAAGCUGAGUAUUCUAAGAGUCUACUCCACAGAUGCAGGUUACGAGAUGACCAGCGAUUACUUCAAGAUAAAAGAUAGCGAGGACAACUAUAUGUCCAAGACAGGAAUUGAGGUUUUCAAACAAGAAUAUCCAAGUGCACAGAUAAUAGAGGUUGUUCUGAGCGAAAAUGCAUCCAAACAUUUUAUUCACACCUUCAUUACACCGGGAAAACUUUUAAGCCAGAGACCAAAGGAGCAACACGAUAAGCACUUGAUUGCCAGAAGAGACUCGGUCCUUUCAAGAGAUGAUCGUGAAAAACUCUUGCUAACGAACGCUUACUCAGGAUACAUCUACAUUGUUGACAGCUCAUACAAAAUAAGAUGGGCAGGUUCCGGCUGGCCAACCGAGACAGAAGUGAACGGUUUAUGGAAAGCUGUCCGCGGUCUCCUGAAGGAAGACGCAAUGAGGCUGAAUAAGACUAAAUAGAGCACGUAUUUAUGAUCUUUCCCUGUAUAUAAGUGGCAACAUGUACAAUUCUGCAACGAAAAAAGGGCCGAUCGGCUCCAACAUUUUGAUUUUCCUAAUUGGGAAAUUACAAUGUGCCCUUCUCUAUAGAGAGAAAGGUCGGUGGGAAAAGGAAUGGUCGACGAGCUCAAAUCUGCUGCAGAAUAUAGGGGCCUAUUUGACAUAUGUGUGUGUACAUUUUAUAAGUGCAGGCUGGUGGUUUUUCUCCUUGAAACUUAACACUAGUUUUUGAAUCUUUGCUACAACAAUUAUAACGAGG